CCUCCGGGGACGGUCGUCUACGGCGUAGCGUCGUAGCGUAUCUGUAGCCGCGUAGUUUGUCCGACGUGUAUACGUAAAGUGGUAUUAUUAAAGCUUUUUGUCAUCUCUGAUUGGACAGUUCAAUUACUUUUUGGUGUUAUGAAUGUAGUAGUGUGUGUUUACUGUCAAUAAGUGUAAUGUUAAAAAUGGAAGGGUGUAAGGAUAUGAAGGCGUCGACGGUGUUAAUCCUACUUCUGCACUUAUCUCUCCAUACAGUUGACGAAGGGCAUGCCAUUAAUCCCAGUUGCACGUGCGUCCGGUUCACGUCGACGUACGGCAAGGAGCGCGGCACGUUCAGCAGCCCCGACUACCCGCGCGCCUACCCGCCGCGCCUCGACUGUCUGCUCUACACCUUCGUCGCCGCGCCGCACGAGAUCGUCGAGAUCGUCUUCACGGACUUCGACAUUUACAAGGAACAUCUUGACUGUAUACAAGGUGACUACAUCAAGGUAUACUCAGAAGGUGGGAUCCAAGGCCCCGGGCCGCCUGGAAUCAACGAAUACUCCGCUUGGUCCCGAGUGCUGUGUGGCAGCAGAGCUGACACUCCACCUGCUUUGUACUCCCAUGGACCACUACUGGCACUGGAGCUACAUACGGGGGCCAAGAAAUCAAAUGCUACAGGCUUUAUUGGGACUUACAGGUUUAUUGAUAGAAGAAACUUCGAGAUUGACGGCGUGCAAGUUCCGGACACGUGGUGUGACUAUGUCUUCAACUCGCAGCCAAACAGACCAGCUCAUGGCCGCUUCUACAGCCCGAGAUAUCCUUCAAGCUACCCCAGCAAUGUGAGGUGUACAUACCAUUUUAACGCAAGACAACACGAGCGCAUCAAGUUAGUUUUCGAAGAAUCGUUCCUUCAAAAAGGCGACGAGAGUUGUCUCAACCGUGCUGACAUUAUCAAAGUGUUUGAUGGUCGGACUUCUACCGCUCCAGUUCUAGCUAUGUUAUGCAACGAAGUUAUAGGUUAUGAAAUUUUAUCAACGGGAGCCGACCUUUUGGUUCAAUUCACUGCGAACUCAAACAUGCCAGGACAAGGGUUCAAAGCGAGCUACCAAUUUCAAAUGGAGGACAACUCAAGUGCAGAUGCCGACAUUAAUAAGAAAUCAAGUAUGAACGAAGCAAUAUCCGGCUUAGGACCUGCGGUGAGCGCUGCCACAUCGUCGUGCCAUCAAGUAUUCAGCAGCGACAGGAACAAGAGCGGUAAAUUAACGUCGCCACUACAUCCUGCUCCAUAUCCGCAGAAAACGCAGUGUCACUAUGAUUUCCUAGCUCGUGGACGCGAGAGAGUGAGGCUCGUCUUCGAAGACUUCAGCCUGCAGAGGAUAAGCGAAAAUAUUAUUGAUUGCGAGAGUAUGGAUUCUUUAGAUGUAUUUUUGUACGUGGACGGUCGGCUUGAGAAGAUGGCAUCGUUUUGCGGGAACGACACACCGAAACCAAUAAUGUCGAACGGUCCGAAGAUGUCGAUCGAAUUUCGCGGCGUAUACUCCUCGAGAUAUAGUAGGGGCUUCAAGAUAUCCUACUCUUUUGUUGAAGAUUACGGGAUCGCAACAGGGAACCAACUGCUAGAAUUUCCAUGUGCCUUCGUAUUUAACAGCAGCGAGAGGUCUCGGGGCGUUGUGACGUCACCGAACUACCCCGGGCUAUACCCGCGCGACACCGAAUGCAAUUACUUCUUUUAUGGAGACGAAAACGAAAGAGUACAUUUACAAUUCACUUACUUUGAUGUGGAGGGUGUGUUUCCGUGUGAAGCAGUUUCCGCGAGUGACUACGUGCAAUUUUCAAGUCAAAUGAUCGACAGCAAGAGUCAACGGCACUGCGGGCAAAUCAAGGAGCUUCAAAUGUCUUCAGAUAAAAACUUCCUAAGAAUUACUUUUAAAUCCAACGAUAGAUUGGACGGUACCGGAUUUAGGGCGGAUUAUAUCUUCCUCAGAGACUCCGAGAUGCAUAGUAUAACUAUGCCGAACUCUGAAGAUAGCGGUACAUCACAUCAUAUAUCAAACAUCGUGUUAUUGACAUGCGUAAUUGAUGUUAUAUUAAUAGCAUACAGAUAGUCAACAAGAGCCGCUGAUAUUUGUGCCGCAGAAUCAAAGAAUUUAUCGAUGAAAUAAAUUAUUCGUGUUAUUA